AGCCCGUGCAGCUCGUUGAACUCUCUGGCUCUCGGGGUGUAUAGGUGUGGUGCCUCUCCGCUGCGUUGCAGCCGCUGUAGCUGCAGGGGGAGCAUCCAUCCGUCCAUCCACAGCGUGCUGCUGUGUGCUGCGAUGUUCCGCGGCCGCCUCAUUAUCCGCCUCUUCUCCGUGUUUCCCUGUUAUCUGAUUUCCCUUCCACCAGACCGCCGUGGAACGGAUCCGUCAUAUAAGGGGAGAGCUAUGCGAAGGAAGGAGGUGACACAUCGGAGCGCGUCUUAACUGAGCUUCCCAUCUUAGUUUGCUGGCAUUUCGGUCGAGACUGCAUUGCCAUAGUGUAUUCUGCCUUAUGGAUAUUGUUGGAGUAGUGGGUUCUUCCUGUCUGAGUGGUCCCUCAAAAAGAUGAAGCAGCUGCUCAAAUGUUUACUUCACUGUCUGCUUGGUUUCUGGAGAUGCUGGUCUCAACAAAGAUCAAUCCUUCACUGACUGGAUCGAGCCAGUGAGGAUUUAAUAUGCGGACCCUGAGGAAGACAGUGCUGUUAGCCAUUUUGGUGUCUGUUGUGCUGCUACUGGCUCUCUUCCACUCAUGGCCCACUCGGGUGUACAACACAGUGGAUGUGUGGCAGCGCCUAGGGCCAACAGUGGAAAGGCAUCUGGAGGAGAGGCUCCCAGAACUGGACCACCAGUUAAGCAGCAUUCCCUUUCGUGUCAGAGAAAGUGUAGCAGGCUUGCUGGCACGUAAUGGAUGUGUUUGUGAGGGUGAGAGUGCAGGUUUGGACCUGCCCUUCACCCAGCUCCUGUUCCCUCGAGUGUCAGCUCACCCGCUGCAUACUGCCUUCAAUGCCUCUGAGCUGGAGGAAAUGAAGAUGAGACGGGCUAAAGAGUACAGAAGUUUCCAGCAAAGAUCCAGAACAGCUGCAGACAUACUCAUCAUCGCAGAGGCCAACAAUCCCCUACAGUAUCCAACACAGGGGCUGGAAGUACGGCCUCUGAAAACAGUCAUCAUCCCAGGCUUGGCCUUACAUGACCUUCCCAGAGACCAUUACACCAUUAACAUCACUGCCACACUGGGAACACUAAACGUAGCAGCAGAAGUGGAUGGAGUGAAAAUAAAAGGUGACGGAGACAUGCACAUGACUCUGUUUAGCAGUUCGCUGCUGAACAUGAACCGACAGCUGCAGUUUGUCACCUACACCAACACGUUGUUUCACCCCAGCACUGCAGACACAGUGCAGUUUGAGACAGAAGGCCAUCAAGCUGUCUUCAGCAUCAAGAUCCGUCAUGGAGUAACUCCAAAACUUUACAACACUGGAUCUAAGGAAGAGUACAAUAUCAGCGCUCUUGUUACUAUAGCCACAAAGACCUUCCUGCGUUAUGAAAAGCUUCAAAGCCUUAUCGACAGCAUCAGAAGAUACUAUCCUACAGUCACGAUAGUAAUCGCUGAUGACAGCGAGAAUCCUAAAACCAUUUCUGGGCCUUACAUUGAGCACUACAUCAUGCCUUUUGGGAAGGGUUGGUUUGCUGGACGAAACUUGGCUGUGUCCCAGGUUACGACGAAAUAUAUGCUUUGGGUGGACGAUGACUUCUUCUUCACAGCCAAUACUAAGCUGGAGAAGCUUGUGGAUGUUUUAGAGAGGACCACUCUGGAUCUGGUUGGGGGUGCAGUGCGAGAAGCCACAGGGUACACGGCUACCUACAGACAAACCAUCUCCAUAGAGCCAGGAGAGGAGGACGGAGACUGUUUGCACAUGAGAAGAGGAUUUCAUCACAUAAUUGAAGGAUUUCCUAACUGCGUUGUGACAGAUGGGGUCAUUAAUUUCUUCUUGGCUCGCACAGAUAAAGUCCAGCAGGUCGGCUUUGACCCUCGCCUUGCCAGGGUAGCUCACCUAGAGUUUUUCAUCGACGGCCUCGGAUCUCUCCACGUUGGCUCCUGUGACGAUGUCAUCAUUAAUCACGCGACCAAAAUCAAACUACCGUGGGUCACACAGUCGGAAAGCGACAGGACGUACGCCAAGUUUCGCUACCCGCCUGCCUCCUCUGACGCCACACGCACAAAAAACGGCCUCCUGUACUUCAAGAACCGAUUCCAGUGUUUGACUCGUAACUAGUUUCAGAUCUCCCCUUGUCUCCCUGAAGGUUCAUCUGUUCUUCCUGAGUUGCCAAAGAUGUUUUCCUCCACCCUGUGCCGUCAGAUAAGAUUUGUGGCAAACAGUUUGGUUUGUAAUGUUGAAAACCUUAAACAGGUUCUGCUGGUGUCUGCCUUUUAAGCAGUCCUAACCUGUUCUGUAGAAAGCUUAAGAGAGACUUAACAGGGUUUAUUCUGGGAAGGCAACAGAAGAAGAUCAGAUCCAAUUGUUUAGUCACAGUAUAUUUAGAGAAAUAUGCUUUGUCAAAUCUUAUUUGGCUAAACGAGCUUGAGUUGGUCAAGCACAGAAGGAAAACCCAACUGGUAGCAGCUAGUUGUCAUCUCUUCCUUUUCACUUUGUUUUCCUGUGGGAUAUGUGUUUUCUUCUUUGGAAAACCAUUCAUGGCACCUGAUGGCCUGAGAAAGAGAACUCCUUAUUGGUGUGAGACGCUUCCCAGUAAGAGACAAUCCUGAGCUUAUCAAUGCCACAUGAAGAACAUUCAGAUUCAAAGUUCUAGUUGCAGACUUUGGAUUGUUUCAGUUAUUUUUGUCACCUUUGUUCUACCUCUGUACACAGAGUCCUUUUUGUUAUGUACAUCUAAAGUCCCAUCUGAGGAAGAGAAAUUUAUGAAACUUGCCAUCUGGAACAAUAGCUGUUGUAGGCAGAUCGGGAAGCAGCUUCGGUCGUUUGUCUACUGCCGUCUGCAGGUCUCCGAUUUCUUCUGACGGAGGCGAGGUUGUGUGUUUGCACCCUUGUGAAUGAUGAGAAAAUGCAUCCUGACAUGCUGCCCAAAAAGAAACAUGGAUGACCCCAAGGUGCAUGUUAAUAUCACUUAAUAAAAACAAUAAUGAACAAAAAAACAUACAGAUUGGAAAAUUAAUUAAGAUCUUGAGGCACAGUGGGAGCAGUCAGGGUGAGAAGGAAACUGAGUAAUAGAAACGAGCACCAUUUCUCUGUUUUCAUGUGGUUCUUUACUGUAUGUUAAAGAGUGUGUGGCAUGGUCAUGCUGGAAGUUAUGAAGCUGUGCUUUCAUAUCAUAGCCUCUAGGUGGCACCCUUUAAUCCAUCCAUCCAUCCAUUUUCUAUAACCGCUUCUUCCAUAAUGUGUCGCGGGGAGCUGGUGCCUAUCUCCAGCAGCCAACAGGCGAGAGGCGGGGUACACCCUAGAUAGGUCGCCAGUCAAUCAGAGGACAACACAGAAAUACAAGACAAACAACCUUGCACGCACUCUUUCACACCUAAGGGCAAUUUAGAGAGACCAAUUAACCUAACAAUCAUGUUUUUGGACUGUGUUAGGAAGCCGGAGUACCCGGAGAGACACUCUUGAAUCAUUGCAUUGAUUCCUGGAAACGUAGAAAGGGUUAUUUACAAAAACAUUUUGUUUUAACUUAUUUUUGACGGAAAUAUUUUAAUUAUUUUGGAUAUUUUUCUGUCUUAUAGAAUUUUUUUUGUUUCUUGUUGACAAUUAUGAUGUUAUUUCUGCUGACACAAACAACACAAUAGCAUCAAUGAUACUGUUAAUUAUGACUUUUGCACAGUCCAGUUUGUCUCAUUUCAUUUGUCCACAGAUGUGAACUUUACCAAUGCUGCGAUUGAUGUGUUGACAUAAAUAUGUAUUGUUUUACUCACUUUGAACACCACCACCCAUUCCAAAAGAAUGACUGAAGUACCGAAGGGAAGUUUUUCACAACCUUCUCAGCCAUUUUUAUUUCACAUGAUAUUAAAUGUCUACAGAAAAAAACCCCAUGUUUUAUAUGUUUUAGAUGAAGUUUAAGGUGAAACUAUGAAGAUGCACGUCGCAUUAUAGUAACCUUCACAAUGAUUUGUACACCUGCAAAAGAUUUGCACACAAGCAGAAAGCAGAAACAAAGUCAUUUCUGUAGGCUGUAGAGGAGCUAUGAAAAACAACAGCCAUGUGUUAAAAUUAAUGUUAAGAGUGCAAACAUCUAAGCAGAAGUGUUAAUUUACCUCCCUCAUCACCUCACACAAUUUGCACACAAGCCUUAAAAUAAAUGACCAUUAUGGAGA